AUGUUGUUCCAAGUCCAGUCCUGGGACGAAGCCAACCUUAAAACAGGAAGGCUCGCUCUAAUCAAUAUGAUUCCCUUGUUUAUGACUGUCCAUCAGAGUUUACUGGCAGACAUCCUUGGAAUUUCCUUGCAGACCUGCCAGUGGAUCCAUCGUGCGUCAGGAUGGAUGGUCAGUAGUUUGGUGGCACUCCACGUCUUGGUCGCCUUAUCAAUACAGCAAAACCUAUCGCUCAAGAGACAAGAAAAUGUGUUUGCUAUCGUUGGCGCGGCCACUCUGGGAACAAUCAUGAUAUUUUCCAUUCCAAUAUUCCGCAAACACGUUUACGAAUUAUUCUUGCGAACUCAUCAGGGACUCGCAGCCGUCUCCUUUUACGCCAUCUGGAAGCACAUACCAUCUGAUUCCGCCUUCCCUCGGCUGUAUCUCUAUGUUCCGUUGGCGAUUCUCGGAUCGACCACGCUUUACCAGUGUGGAAAAUUAUUAUAUCAAAACGGCUUCAUGUCGUCGCGGCCAAACCCCCGAGCGAUGGUUAUAUGUAAAAAAGCAGAGCCUAAUAAAACCAAUAAGGAACUCGCAAAACAAGGAGACAGCGAAAACGUUGAACAGGUCGUCAAGAUGACUGUUACCCUGGGGAGACCGCUUGAGAUCAGAGCCGGACAGUAUAUUCAGUUAUGGAUGCCCUCGGUAAGCUUUUCUUCCUGGUUGCAGUCCCACCCUUUUGUGGUUACCUCUUGGUCCCCAGGGAAGCAAGAUACGUUGGAACUUUUUGUUCAAGUCCGUCGAGGUUUCACCUCUAGAAUAUACAAACACGCCUCUCCCAGUGGUUCAGCUUCGUUUUCUGCACUCGUGACUGGCCCCUUCGGUCUCAGCUACGCAGUAGAUCAAUAUGAAACAGUUCUCGUUAUUGCUAGCGGCUUCGGGAUAGCUGGCGUGGUACCCUAUAUCAAACAGCUUCUAUAUGGUUACAAUACAUCGACAGCGCGAAUACGUCGCGUGCAUUUGCUGUGGGAAACCAAAACUUUAGAUCUCGUUCGCGAAGCCCAACCCUUGCUUAAUAGUCUCUUGACGGACGACAUUCUCGACAAUGGUUAUAUAUUGGAAAUGUCAUUCUACGUGGAAUCGACCGAAGAUGACAAACGAUCUUUCGGGAAGCACAAUCGUGCGUUCCUGUACAAGGGGAAGCCCAGCUACGACCAAAUAAUAUCUGCAGAAGCAUCGGGGGAUUAUAUUGAACGAGUUUCCAAUACCCAAGAAGAAAUAGGGGACAUGCUUGUACUAGCUUGUGUUUCAGAUGGAUUGAGGGAUGAUUUGAGAAAAAUUGUCCGCGAAUAUCUAGACAAGAAAGUGGAAAUGCGAGAAGUAGAAUACCAGCCAGUUGAAAUUGUUGCAUAG